UUCCUGUUGUACUGAGCCAGGCGGGGAAAUGAACUGCACCAAGUCAAGUACUUAUUGACAAGAAGAACAAAGCACGGAAAACUCCGAUCCCAAUCAUAAUACCGCCAGCAUGUCCACACCGGCAACCCGGCCGGUCAUCACGUCCUCUAUUUCGGAUGACAAGAGGACUUUGAUUAAAGUCGGCACGCGAAAGUCGGCCCUGGCGCUGAAGCAGGCAGACUGGAUCGUCAGCGAGCUUACUAAGCUCCACCCCGACCACAGAUUCGAGGUCCAUGGCAUGCACUCGACCGCCGACAAGGACAAGAUCACCGCUCUCUACAAAUUCGGAACCCAGGGACUAUGGACCAACGAGCUUGAGGCCGGUCUCAUGGCCGGGGAGCUGGACAUCAUUGUGCACUGUCUGAAGGACAUGCCCACCAGUCUGCCGGAGGGGUGUGUGCUUGCGUGUGUGACGGAACGAGAGGACCCCCGUGAUGUGGUUGUCGUGAAGAAGGCCUUGGAGGGCAAGUACAAGAAGCUGUCAGACCUGCCCGACGGAAGUGUAGUCGGCACGAGCUCUGUGCGAAGAAUGGCGCAGAUCUCUCGCCACUACCCGAAGCUCAAGUUUAUGGACAUGCGCGGAAACAUCGACACAAGGUUGAGGAAACUAGAUGCCGAGGAUUCCGAGUACACUGUCCUGAUUCUUGCGGCGGCUGGUCUACACAGAAUGGGUCUGGAAGGCAGAGUGGCACAAUACUUGGACGGCGAUACCGAGGGCGGUGGCAUGCUGUACGCUGUCGGUCAAGGUGCUCUGGGCAUUGAGGUGAGAGCAGACGACGAGAAGACCAUCGAGCUACUAAGGGCAUUUGAGAACGAGGAGAACAUGUUGGCGACCGAAGUCGAACGAAGCAUCAUGCGAACUCUCGAGGGAGGCUGCAGUGUUCCUAUCGGAGUCGAGACCAAGUGGAUCGGCGAGCACAAGCUGAGUGUGUCAGCUACGGUGGUCAGCGUGGACGGGAAGGAGGGUGCAGACGCAAGGUUAGAGAAGGAGAUCAAGUCGAGGGAGCAGUCUAUCGAAUUUGGCAAAGAGGUGGCUCAACAGCUCGUCGACAACGGCGCCCAGAAGAUCCUGGUUGUCAUCAACGCCGAUAGGGCAGCAAACCCAAGCACAGAGCCGUGGGUGCCGGCAUAAAACACAUCUUCCUACUUGAUCCAAACCAAAUGAGAACGCAGCUGCUCAUGACGAGGUGAAUCCCGCAAUGGCCACGAACUCAGGUCUUGUCUGCAGGAUGUAUCCUCCAAACGAGAUCAGUAUAUAGACGCGACGCAUGCUAUUCACGUCUCCCGGCCUGCGCUUUUUGACAAAAUACCCAUGUGUUGUGCGUAUAUGCUCCGCGUAUUUAAGGUAUGCGGAU